UUUAACUUGUCCUCUUUACUCUGCACUUUUCUCUUCCAUGUUUUCUAAUGUCUCAUACGUUAUUAUUCUGCUUUUUUUCUCACUCGAAGUCAUUUUCAAUCUUUCUCCAGAUGUUUAAAGUCUAAUGGACGCGACUAGUAGUGUUUACUUCCCGCACCACACUCGCCGCCUUCCUCGCAAUAAUCAUCGAUUCCAGCGGGCAGCACUUUCACCAUCACCGCUGCUUCUCACACCUCCAUUGUCAGACCAACUCCAAGAACCCCACUGUCUAGCACAGCAGAAAAAACUUAUGUUUCCACGAGACACAGGUAACUGUUCCUAUAUCGACCCUGUGGUGACUUUACCUGUGGUCACUUAUGAUCACGGAGUAUGUCCAACGUUACAUGAACCUCCACCUGCAUGUAUUUAUGCCCGCAAUUCUCCCCAAGGAACAUCUGCUGGCUAUGGCGGUCAAAAUAUGGCUGUAGUCGAAGAAGGUUUGCAACAACAGCAGCAAUUACAUCUGUGCCAUCACGAUGAUCUGACAUCUUCCAAUGUAUCUUCUUCGUCGGCUGUAGUGACGUCACAAUCUUCAAAUGCAAGUCCAUCAAAUUCUACAAACGCAGUAGUACCUGCUGCUACUGGGUCUCCAACACCGAACACGAGGACUGAAGGUGCAGCAGCGGCGGCGACAGCAACAGUUGCCCCGGCGGUAAAUACUGUUGCUAAUAUAAUCGGUGUGGGGAGUUCACCUGGUGCUGGUGCAACCGGAAAUGCCGCAGUAAAUAAUGGUGUGUCCGAUGGAACAAGUGCAGUUGCAGCAGUAGUUUGCAGAGGGCAGCAACAGCAGCAACAACAACAGCAACAAUCGAACAACAUUGGACAAUUACAUAACCAGCACACGCAACCACUUCAUUCACAUCAGCAGCAGCAGCAACAACAACAACAAUCACAGCAGAAUAGCCCCACAAGAAAUGCAUUGAACUCGAAUCCAGCCCAUAUGCAAGCAUCAGUGGUGGUUGCGCCUACAGCAGUAGGUAACCACCUUGGAACAGAGGCUUUACCGCGCUUGCAUACGCAUCAGGCUCACCAUUCGCAUCACCAAGCACAACAAUCGUUACAACAUCAACAACAACAACAACAACAACAGCAUUCCCAUCACACCCAACAACUCCAUUCACAAACACAUCAACAGCCACCACCUGCUCACUCGCAGCCGUUGCACCAUCCUCAUCAUAAUCACCAUCCUCACCACCAUGCAUCAGCUUCGCCAGGUAAUACACUAAAUUCUUCCUCCAGUAUUGGCACAUCGUCGCCUAAUGUUCGGCAACAACCAGCACUUCAGUUUCCCUGGAUGAAGACCACCAAAUCUCAUGCACAUCAAUGGAAGGCCGGUUGGCCAGGAGCCCAGUUUUCAGUUGAAGAUGAAAAUAAAAGAACGAGAACAGCAUAUACAAGGGGUCAGUUGCUUGAAUUGGAAAAAGAAUUCCACUUCAACAAAUAUAUUUCCAGACCACGUCGGAUCGAACUAGCAGCGAUGUUGAACUUAACUGAAAGACACAUCAAAAUUUGGUUCCAGAAUCGUCGUAUGAAGUGGAAAAAAGACGAAGCAAAACGCCGACCGCGACCGUUGGCAAUGUCACCUAGUAGUAACGUGUCACAGACUAAUAGCGCAAGUAAUGGUUCACCUCCAACGGGUAACAAUUCAAGUACAUUAAAUAGCUGCGGUAGAAACAGCACAUCGAUAUCCAACCGCAGCAGUAAUAACUGUGAUGGCAGUCUCUCGCCUACUUUAGAUAGUCCUCGUAGAAUCAAGGGCAUGACUGGUUGCAGAGACUCCUCAGAUGAGAAUGGUAUACCGUCACCGCAAAGACAUUCUGAUGGUUACGACAGCACUUAAUCACCUGAACACCUUCACAGAUUUAAAAGAAAACUUCACAUUAAUAUAAUCUAAAUUUUUAUACCCUGUGCUUUUGCUUAUCUGUAUACUUUAUGUAUGUUCUGAGUAAAGCCAGGAAGCAAUUAUAAAACUGGCAGUUUGUGAAUUAUACAUAGAUGCAAAUAAAGGUAUGAUGAAUAAAUAUUAGACAAUAUUAAAUUAUAAAAGCUAUCGAUGUUUUAAAACAUUAUCGAUCGGUCAUUUGCUUACACCCUAAUGUUUCGACAUUUAUUCGAUCAAGUUUUCAUAAUAUACUUGUUAUGAGGGUGGCAAAAUACUAAGAAAUCAACAUAGCUAGAAACACAUAUCAACAAAAUAAUUUUUGUCUUUAUCCUCGUCAACAUAAUGUAACAGGGCAUGCGGGUGUAUUUUAUGAAUUUACUUUAUUAUCAAACAUAAAAAAAAGUUUCAAAUUAUGUAAAGCAAUAAAGAAUAUAAUAGAUACAAUGAAUCCAAUAUGUCUAGUUUGGUAGCAUUUGUACAAAACCAAAUUCAUAAUGUUCGGCAUAAUCAUAUAUGAGUCAGAUUUAAUAUGUGUAUAUAUAAUGCAAAAGUUGUAAACUAUGUAAAGAUGUAAUUUACAGAGUGCAAAGAUUAUUUUAUACAUUGGGUAGCGGAUAGACAUAUAUAUCACAUCGAAAAUUUACAAUCUACUCUGAAUUUGGUUCUUACCUGGAAUGACCCCUUAAGUCGUGUGCAG